ACAGAGGAGAAGGCAGCAAGAGGCACCCACAUACAAUCAUUAGAGACUCACGCAUUUCUCAGUGAAGGAACGCAACAAGGAAAAUGGUCUAGGCACGACAUUUAAAGACAAAAUCUGUGAAUGUAAUUACAUUACAUUCAUAAAUUGUGCGCGCAAGGCUCGCUUAGUUUUCCGUCUAGACACUCGUCUCCUCUUUGAGAGAUACGUUCCCAUGCGAUUCUUCAGACUCACAUUUAAGUGUUUCGUGGAUUGUUUUUGAGGGUGCUGUCUAAUUCGGUGUUUUUUUCUUUUAUGAGCGUUUAUAGUUUUCUUUGACAUUAUUUUAUAAAGGAAUUUUACAAUCCUACCAACAUCCCAGUUGCCAAUUUCGCCAACAAAUUUGACUGCCUGCUCAUCGUUGAACGUAUGACACUGCGAAGCGAUUAUUGAAAAAUAAAUUCUACCUACUGACUUGCAUCCCUUUCAGGGACCUGAAAGGACCAGAACCUAUAAAUAAAUAGGGUGAUACUUUCACUUAUUCCUUACUUCUCAGUGUUGUCUGGACGUUGAGGGUGUUUUGUUUACAAGUGCAUAAUUGGAAUGGAGAAAUCUUCUUUCAACACUGACUGCUCUGCUGUGAACGUGGUCCUAGGGGAAGAGAGGAAGGGUCACCUCAUCCCUAAUGGAAAUGGACAUCAAGGCGUAAAUGGAACCGUUAUUGGGAGCGCCGGCGCGGCCGGUGCUGGAGCUCCACCUGCGGUACCCACCGUGGGCAAGGGAUACCCCGAAAGAGAGACUUGGACCAGGCAGAUGGAUUUCAUCAUGUCCUGCGUGGGGUUUGCAGUGGGGCUGGGAAACGUGUGGCGUUUUCCUUACCUCUGCUACAAAAACGGAGGAGGAGUGUUCCUCAUCCCGUAUGGACUCUUCAUAUUCCUGGGGGGUAUUCCCAUUUUCUUCCUGGAGAUUGCUCUGGGUCAGUUCAUGAAGGCUGGAAGUAUCAAUGUUUGGAACAUUGCACCGCUGUUCAAAGGACUGGGCUAUGCGUCCAUGGUGAUAGUGUUCUUCUGUAACACUUACUACAUCAUGGUCCUGGCGUGGGGCUUCUACUACUUCAUAAAGUCCUUCAACAGCACCCUACCGUGGUCCACCUGCGACAACGAGUGGAACACGCCCAGUUGCAUCGAGAUCUUCCGCCAUGAAGACUGCAAGAACGGAACCAUCGGCAACGCCACCUUUGGCAACAUGACAUGCGAGGAGUUAGCAGAGGGACGCUCUCCCAUCAUCGAGUUCUGGGAGAACAAGGUGCUGAACAUCUCGAAUGGCCUGGAGGAGCCGGGCGCCAUUAACUGGGAGCUGGUGCUGUGUCUGAUGGCCGUGUGGAUCAUGGUGUACUUCUGCGUGUGGAAAGGCGUGAAGUCGACUGGAAAGAUUGUGUAUUUCACUGCCACGUUCCCGUACGUCGUGCUGAUUAUCCUGCUGGUCCGAGGGGUCACUCUGCCCGGGGCCUAUGACGGGAUCAUGUACUACCUUAAGCCUAACUGGUCUAAACUCGCAGAGCCGCAGGUCUGGAUAGAUGCCGGCACACAGAUAUUUUUCUCCUAUGCCAUUGGCCUGGGAGCUCUCACUGCUCUUGGCAGCUACAACAGAUUCAACAACGACUGCUAUAAGGAUGCGUUUGUUCUGGCCCUGAUUAAUAGUGGCACCAGCUUCUUUGCCGGCUUUGUGGUCUUCUCCAUCCUGGGCUUCAUGGCCUCUGAACAGGGAGUGGACAUCUCCAAAGUAGCUGAAUCAGGCCCCGGCUUGGCAUUCAUCGCCUACCCAAAGGCCGUGUCUCUGAUGCCUGUAGCGCCCGUGUGGGCUGCUCUUUUCUUCUUCAUGCUGUUACUUCUGGGACUGGACAGUCAGUUUGUUGGAGUGGAAGGUUUUGUAACUGGGAUUCUUGAUAUUUAUCCUGGAAAGUAUUACAUGCGCUAUCAGCGUGAGAUCGCUGUGGCAAUCUGCUGUUCAUUGUGCUUCAUAAUAGAUCUCUCCAUGGUUACACAGGGAGGGAUGUUCGUCUUCCAGCUGUUUGAUUAUUACUCUGCCAGCGGUAUGACCCUGUUGUGGCAGGCAUUCUGGGAGUGCGUGGUUGUCGCCUGGGUCUACGGUGCUGACAGGUUUAUGGACGACAUAGCUCGUAUGAUCGGUUACCGGCCUUUCCCUUGGAUUAAGUGGUGCUGGUCGUUUAUUACUCCAUGCGUUUGCAUGGCUAUCUUCCUGUUUCACCUGAUGAAUUACAAGCCUCUUACCUACAACAAUGCGUACGUGUACCCGUGGUGGGGUGAGGUGAUCGGUUGGUGUAUGGCUCUCUCCUCCAUGCUCUGCAUCCCCGUCAGCCUACUGUACAAGCUCUCCGGACCCAUGGGAACCUUCAAAGAGCGUUGGGCAGACCUGACCAAACCAGUAUGGGGUGCCCAUCACCUUGAGUACAUGGCUCCUGAUGCUGAUAUCAAAAGCCUGGCCUCACCUCUUUCCCCUGGCUCGGAGGAGAACAAGGUCAUCAUCUUUGAAAGUGUCAUGUAGACAAAGGUCUGCAAAAGGAGGACGCCUCCAGAGACAAGCUGCAGAGAAAGCUACUCUUCCUUUAUUUUUUUUUUCUUCUAUUUAAAUCAAAUUAUUUGAAAGCCAAAGUGUCUUCAAAGUCUCCAAAUCACAAUCACUUCCAUAUUUUGAAUACCAAAUUAGAACUUUUUGCAUUUCACAGAUGUGACCUCUCUUUUAUUAUGCAAACUCAUUCUUAAUAUCUGGUUCAUCUAUUGCACACCAUAAAACCAGUGAUUUUACAAUUCAAAUAAUUUCUAAUAAGUUCUCUGAUGUUUCCCUGGUGAUUGACAUCUAUUCUCAUCAUAACCAUCAGUGACAUUUCCUUAUAUAAAAAAUCCACCCUUUUUUUUUGCCCAAUCUUUGAUUUUGCUCCAGUUUUUCCAGUGUUUGUUUAAAUUCAUACCAGUAUUUGUCCACCGUGAGUAGCCGACGUGGCAGCUUGUCUCAGGAGGCCAUAGGUGUGGCACAGGCCUGUGUACCUGGCAUCAGGCCGGAGCCCAGCAGGGGUGUGGUGCGGCCUCCACCUCCCUGACCACUGCAGAAUUCCCACAGGCCAGCUCUGUCUAGCAGCGCAGUCCGCUGGGGGCCUCCUUAAUACCCCGCACUUCAUAGCCAGCGUAUAGGGGACGGGCAAAAGGAAGGGCAGAGGGAGGGAAACGGGGGAGUGCUGACCAGGCUGAGUGGACUGGACUGGACGCUCUGUCUGAGGUGCGUGUGCACAUCUUAGGGGAGAGACAGGGACUUUCUUGACCUUUCACCUCCUCACGCAGGAAACCGCACCACCCUUGGUCACUGUCCCGGAGAGUUAGUCAGAAUGCAUCACCCAUCCAAAAAACACUAAAAUCCUUGUCCAAGUCCUUGUGCUCGAAAAUAAGACGCCAUUUGGUAAAUGAGCACAGAAUACCAGAAUUCUCGUUUGAAAUUUAGUUGAUUAUACUGUAAUGCUAGUUCUGAUUUGAUAAUCACAGUCUGUUUAAUAGACGCACAGAUUGCACAUGCAUCUGAUUUGAUCAAGGCCAGCUCUUCUAAAAAGUGAUGGGAUGUUUAGUCUGACUUAUGCUGGUCCCUGACACGACAACACAGUUGCCAAACUGUCAGAGCCAAUGCUUUGUCUGACGAGCACACGUUUUGUUUAAUGUGUCUUUCAUGAUUACAGUGAACCUCAGUAUUCUGUUGUAGAUGUAAUGAUAAACACACUUUAAGUUAAUUAAGUGCCAAAGGGAGCAUGUUGUCUAUCUCUGGCUGAUUGACAGAGACUGGUUUUGGUUGCCAUAAAAAACACACAAACACACACACUAAAAUACAGAUACAAUGAACAGCAGCUGCAAAACUGUUUGCCAAUGAGGAGUGCAGAUUGUGCAAUAACCACAAGCAGAUGGAUCCACACACACACACACACACACACACACACUACACCAUGUUUGUGUUCCUUGAGUUCCAUAUAACGUUUGUGCUGCAGUUGCAGUUUAGAGGGUGGACAAUUAGUUGCCAAAUUUUGCCUUUUUUAUUAAAGAAAGAUUUGUCUUAAGUCUAGCGCCCAUUGUCAAAUAGCCAAGUCAAACGCCAGGUCUCCCAGCUCACUGCCCUAAGAGUUCACCUGUGGGAAUUCUGCUCUGUACAUUAACAUCAUAUCAUUGUUACUAUACAAUUGAAUUAGAAUGUAAAAUAAAUUAAAUAAUGUAUGGCUCCAGAACUACAUUUGCACAUUGUUGUAUAAUAAUCUUGCUAGCACUUUACAAUCGUGUUAGAAUAAGAUUCUCUUUGUUUUUGUUUUACAUCUUGUCAAAUAAAUCAGAGAUUUAUUUUGUGAAGGCUUUUAUUUUGCUUAAAACAUACAAAUACAUAUUAAAUAUCUUUGUGUGCUAUAUUUUGAAAGUUUGAUGCAGUAUGCGAUUUUGAAAAGCAUAAGUGUAUCCCCCUGAAUUGCUGCAAUGCAGUAUCAGAAUGGAUAGAGAGAAGGAUAGCACAUUGAAUGGAUUUUAAUUUCAUUUUCAAGUGCUACCGUGUUUGAAAGUGUUAGAUUCUGUCUUUGUGUGCUUAAACAUCAGUAUUGUCCUGACCACCCAGAGCUCCACAAUGGUUUUAUAUGUAUAAUAACAAGUUUCAUUUAUUGGUGAUAUUGGGAACGGUGAUGUGUAGGUGUGUGAGGCAACACUCGCAUCAUUCAACUUCCAGCAUAGCCUCACGCCUACUUUACCCAUUUUAAAAGGGACAGCGUUGAUUGAUUAAUGCUCAGAAUAUUCACUCUGUGAUGUUCUUUUUGACCUUUUUUUUUCUUUUCAUCUACUUAAACUCAUUUACCUGAAGUCUCAAUAACAGUGUCAAACACAUUCUCCCUUGCCAUUAGCAAUCUACAAUAACUGCUGUAAAGAUUCUGCCGUAUGUCAUUCACCAAUGUGUGACAGGACCAAAAACUUUCCCCCAAAUUGAAAAGAAAAAAAUCCUCCAACAAGCAUUUCAGCUGCCAAUGCCUUCCUUACUCUCUGUAGUGAGAAAGUGCCCGGAAGUGCAAGUCAGUGGACGCACAAGCAACACCAGUUUACCUGAUAGUGGUGGUACAACCGUCCAACCUUAUUGGAAGAUAUAGUCAGUGUAACUAGAAUGUCUUUUUAACCUAUGCCAUCUAUAUAGUUAAUUUCAUAGCCUGGGUGGAUCAGUUGAUUUAGAAUUCUAAUAUAGUAGUAUAUGUAGGACAAAAAAUGAAAAAUUACAUUACCAAAAAAAUAAUAAAUGUAACUAUUGUCAUUUAUGUGCUCUGCCAAAUUGUUCUUGACAGUAUUUUUUCUCCAAAGGUUUAUUCAGAAAUUACUGCAUUUAUAAAUAAUAAAAUGCAGUUGAAUAUAAAUGAAUGGCUCACUGACUGGAUUCAGAUUUUUCCAACUAAAGAUAUAUCACUUGGAUGGACAAGCACAAUGCACAAAAAGGGACUACUCUAUUAUAGAAAUGAUAAACAUCCAGUAAUGAAUCAGCCUUGCUUGAGCUAAUUAGAUUAGAGUUUAUUGGAAUGGAUACAUGGAUUCUGAUUUGUGAAUGGAGUAUUAGCAUCAUUUGUCAGCAGAUGUAUAGUCUUCAUAUCAUACUGAGCUUUGGAGAAUGAUACUGUCUUGAAAAUUCACAUUAGCACUGUUGGCUCGCAACUUAACAGAUUUUUAACCCUCAUUGUUGUGCUUUGUAACAAAACUGUGAGAUGUAACAUUGGUCUUCCAUGGUCUUUCAUGAUCUGAUGUACAGUAGUAUUGCAGAGAUAAAUGUACUGUGCGUGUGUAUAGAUAUAUAUACACUGUAUACUUCUGUAUGUAUAUGUUUGCUAACAUCACAAAGGAGUUCCAUCUGUCUUGCAGUUUCCCUCACCGAUGAAGGGCUUCAUGCUUGUGACACCACUGUGAUUUUGUGCUAAAACAAGUCCACUGGCCUGAAUCAAAAUAACAAAUGGCAAUAAAACUAACUGAAAAAUA